GAGAUUAAGCAAACGUCUUUCAGUGUUUCAUUUGCCAUUCAUUUCUACAAAACAUGGCCAGCCAGAACAAGUGCCACCAUAAUGAGCUCAUGGGGUUCUUCUACAGUAACCGUAACCAGACCAAGGACGACUGGGACUCCACACAGCUGAUCUUGGUGCAGUGCGUCGGCUCUAUUUUCUGCUGCUUCAUUUUGGUCUCUAAUGCGAUGGUGAUUGCCGCGGUCAUCACGAACAGGAGGUUUCACUACCCGUUCUACUAUCUUCUAGCCAACCUGGCUGCAUCAGACUUUCUUGCUGGAAUCGCGUACGUUUAUCUCAUGUUCAACACGGGGAAAGUGUCCAGAGAACUGACGGUUCAUGGGUACUUCUUUCGCCAGGGCCUGCUGGACACGAGCCUCUCGGCUUCUUUGGCCAACUUGCUGGUGAUUGCCUUGGAGCGCUACAUAUCAGUCAUGAACUGGAAAGUUCACAGUAACCUCACCAAGCGUCGAGUGACGCUCCUCAUCGUGUUGGUUUGGGGCAUUUCAAUCGUAAUGGGAGCUGUACCAAUCCUUGGCUGGAACUGCACGUGUAAUCUGGACCUGUGUUCCACCUUGGCUCCUAUCUUUAGCAGGAGCUACCUUAUCUUCUGGUCUGUGUCUAACUUGGUGAUUUUCCUGAUCAUGGUGUCGAUAUACCUGAGGAUAUACGCCUACGUGAAGAAGAAAACAUCGGUCCUGACCCCACACACCAGUGGAUCUAUGAACCGCAAGAGGACACCAAUCAAGCUUAUCAAAACUGUGAUGACUGUUCUUGGGGCGUUUGUAGUCUGCUGGACUCCAGGCCUGGUGGUGCUCCUUUUGGACGGCUUGAACUGUGAGAGAUGCAAAGUCUUGAAGUUCAAACGUUGGCUGCUGCUGCUGGCGGUCCUCAACUCCGUCAUGAACCCCAUCAUCUACUCCUACAAGGACAAGGAGAUGUGGAUCACCUUUAAGAACAUGCUACGGUGCGUCUUCGACGGCACCCGAAGGCAACGUUCUUCCAGGGCCAACGCCCGAUCUAUCAGCUCGGGCCACGAGAUGGGAAACAGCCUCCGUGUUUCCGACGACAACAAGGCCUCCACUCAAGAGAUGCUUAAAUCCUAGAGGCUUCUUCGGGCCGGCGUGACGCUGAAGGGUUUUGCUAUAUUGGUACCGGUCCUGUCCUGUCCACAGUGACAUGGGACGUUAUUCCCGA